UUCGGCAGUGCGAUGGAGCUGGAGCAUUUCGACGAGCGGGAUAAGGCGCAGCGGAACAGCCGAGGAGGGAGCAGGCUGAACGGGGUGACCAGCCCUACACACAGCGCCCACUGCAGCCUCUACCGUUCCCGGACACUCAAGAACCUCAGCUCAGAGAAGAAGGCCAAGAAGGUCCGCUUCUACCGCAACGGGGACCGCUACUUUAACGGGAUAGUGUACGCCAUCUCAGUGGAGCGGUUCCGGUCGUUUGACGCGCUGCUGGUGGACCUAACCCGCUCGCUGUCUGAUAAUGUGAAUCUGCCGCAGGGCGUCAGGACCAUUUACUCCGUGGACGGAACCAAAAAGAUCACCAGCACCGAUCAACUGCUAGAGGGCGAGAGCUACGUGUGUGGCUCCAUCGAGGUCUUCAAGAAGCUCGACUACACCAAGAACGUCAACCCCAACUGGUCUGUGAACGUCAAAGCUUCGUCUGCGGCGGCCGCCCGCGGGCCUCCAUCCCUGGGCAGCUCCAAGGCCGGACCUCCAGACACCCGGGACCAGGGGGUGAAGGAUUUCAUCCGGCCCAAGCUGGUGACGGUGGUGCGGAGCGGGGUGAAGCCCAGGAAGGCUGUACGAAUACUCCUCAAUAAGAAGACGGCCCAUUCAUACGAACAGGUCCUCAACGACAUCACGGAGGCCAUCAAACUGGACUCUGGAGUGGUGAAGAGGGUCUAUACACUGGAUGGAAAACAGGUGACGUGUCUCCAGGACUUCUUCGGUGACGAGGACAUCUUCGUAGCGUGUGGACCGGAGAAAUACCGUUACCAAGAUGACUUCCAGCUGGAGGAGAGCGAGUGUCGUGUCAUGAAGUCAGUGGUCUUUGGUAAAAUGUCCGCCCCUGUGACCAGCCGUGGUUCUCCGCGCUCCAUGGGCCUGUCUAGAGGCAGCAAGUCCCCCGCAGGAUCCGUAAACGGGAAUCCAACCAGUCACCUGUCCACUCCUUGCUCGGGGAAAUCUCCCAGCCCCUCCCCUUCCAGCCCUGCUACAGACCUCAGACCUAGCAGGGAGAAGAACAAGGCCCAGUCUACAGCCUAG